CCGCCGCAUGCGUGGACAUUUGUGUUCCUAUUUGGAUAAGAUUUGUGAAGUGCUUGGAAAAUGCCGACCAUAGGAGUGAAACGAGAUUUGCUUUUCGAGCAACUUGGUCAGAAAUAUACUGACGAUGAGUUCCAGCAGUUGUGCUUUGCUUUCGGUCUCGAACUGGAUGAAGUGACAACAGAGAAGCAAAUGCUAACCAAGGAACAAGGUGAAGUCGCUGCAAUUGCCGAUGCCUCUGAAGAGAUUAUUUACAGAAUAGACAUUCCGGCAAAUCGUUAUGAUUUGUUGUGUAUUGAAGGGUUGGUCACCUCUCUGCUCGUAUUCCUGGGCAAAAUAAAGCCUCCAAAGUUUAUUAAGGUUGAGCCAACAAAACGACAAGUUCUUAAAAUUCUACCGGAAACGGCACAAAUUCGUCCAUUCGCUGUGGCUGCAGUUUUAAGGAACAUCACUUUCAACAAAGAUGCUUAUGACAGUUUCAUUGAGCUUCAAGAUAAAUUGCAUCAGAAUCUUUGUCGCAAACGUGCUCUAGUCGCAAUCGGUACUCAUGACUUGGACACCGUACAAGGUCCAUUUACUUACGAAGCUCGCACACCGGAGAAUAUCGAAUUUAUACCAUUGAACCAAACGAAGAAAAUGAAUGGACAUGAAUUGAUGGAGUUUUAUACCAAUCAUGCCCAACUGAAACAAUACUUACCAAUCAUACGCGAUUCUCCUGUGUAUCCUAUUAUUUAUGACGCUAACGGUGUAGUAUUAUCAUUGCCACCAAUCAUCAAUGGCGAUCAUUCAAAGAUCACUUUGCAAACACGCAACGUCUUCAUCGAAUGCACCGCAACGGAUCUAACCAAAGCGAAAAUUGUGCUGGACACUUUAGUGUGCAUGUUUUCGGUGCAUUGUGCUGAGAAAUUCACCGUCGAACCAUGUGACGUUGAACAACCUGAUGGUACUGUGGUUACCUAUCCUCAAUUGGAAGUGCGUAAAACAGUGAUAUCAGCAGAAAAUGCCAACGCCUACAUUGGUAUCAAAGAAGAGCCAACCAAAAUUGCUGACAUGCUAACGCGCAUGUACCUCGAGUCGCAUGUGGAGGAAGGUGGCACCAACAUCACCGUGCAAGUGCCACCCACACGACACGAUGUGCUGCACGCUUGUGAUAUUUACGAAGAUGUGGCCAUUGCUUAUGGCUAUAAUAAUAUUAAAAAAUCCUUACCGGCAUUCAUGCACAUCGCAAAACAAUUUCCACUCAACAAGCUAACCGAGCAACUGCGUGAACAAGUAGCACAGGCAGGUUUCACAGAAGCGCUUACUUUUACGCUCUGCUCACGUGACGACAUCGCACGUAAACUAAAUAAAUCCAUCGACAGCAUAGCGGCCGUGCAUAUUGCCAACCCGAAAACAUUGGAAUUCCAAGUUGUGCGCACCACCUUACUGCCAGGCUUACUGAAAACUGUCGUGGCUAAUCGUAAAAUGCCGCUACCACUGAAACUCUUUGAGAUCAGCGAUGUGGUGGUCGCUGAUGAUGACACCGAAGUUGGUGCGCGCAAUGAGCGUCGCCUGUGUGCAGUGAACUGCAACAAAACCGCCGGUUUUGAGGUAGUGCAUGGACUGCUGGAUCGCGUGAUGCAACUGUUGGAUGUGCCAUGGAAGACGGGAAAUCAAAAACAGGGCUACUAUCUGCAAGCCACUGAUGAUCCCGCCUAUUUUCCGGGACGUUGCGCUAGCAUUUUGCUAAACGGUGUUACCAUCGGUCGCAUUGGCGUGCUGCAUCCAACUGUGUUGCAAGCUUUUGAAUUGACCACACCCUGCUCGGCGGUCGAAAUCAAUAUUGAACCGUUCGUAUGACAGCGUUAUCCGGAAAUGAUGAAACGCUUAUGCAAAUGAAGUUUACAACAACAAGCGUCUAUGACACAGGAUUAUGCAAAAUUCAAAAUGGACAUAAAUGAAUAAACGUUGCGGUUGGCAAGCGUAUUUAAGAAACAGAAAUAUUUAAUAAAGCUUGAAGCAAAGAUAAACAAAA